ACCGCAGCUCUUCUCGCCAGAGUUCGCAGGCUCAGCCGGUUCCCCGGGCUUUCUGGGAGCCCCGCCCUGGCCUGUCCCACUCCCUCCUCCAGCCAGCAGUCCCAGCGCCGGCUCGGUUAAAGGCUCCGACAGAAUUUGACCCAGCGGGGACAUCGGAGAAUCCGGGCCGGGACAGGACCCGGAGCAGCGCCUGCGCGCCAAUGGCCAGUUCAGGGUCCCCUGCUCCUUACGGGUGCCUCCUCCUCCCCCGAACUUGCGGCGCGUGGCUGGGGGCGACGGUGCUGCUUCUUGUGGACUGGGUGCUGCUCUGGCGAGCGCUGCCCGGCAUAGUCUUCUUGCUGGCGCCCACGGUGCCACCGCUGCUCCAGGUCUGGGCAGUGGGCCUGGGCCGCUGGGCAGUGCUGUGGCUGGGGGCCCGCGGGGUCCUCAGGGCCACGGCCGACUCCAAGAGCGAAAGCGCACAAGGCCAGGGCUGGCUGGCUGCUUUGGAGCCGCUGGCGGCGGCACUGGGCUUGGCCCUGCCGGGACUUGCCUUGUUUCGAGAACUGGGCUCGUGGGGCGUCCCCAGGAACAGUGACAGCACCAAACUGCUGCAUUGGGCAAGUCGCCCGGACGCCCUCGUCCUCAGCUACAUAGCGGUGCUUCCCGCAGCGGUCCUAUGGCACAAACUCGAGAGCCUGUGGGUGCACGGCGGACAGGGGGGUUCUGGAGAUGUGGUUACUCGACUACUACGCUGCAUAGGCCCGGAGAUACGCCGUUACCCGCUGGUUCUGGUCCUGUUGAUCUUCUCCUGUCUCGGGGAGAUGGCCAUUCCGUUCUUCACUGGCCGCCUUGCUGACUGGGUUCUACAAGAUGGGGCAGCUCCUACCUUUACCCGAAACAUAACUUUUAUGUCCCUUCUCACCAUAGCCAGUGCAGUGCUGGAAUUCCUGGGUGAUGGGAUCUAUGGCAGUACCAUGGGCCACAUGCACAGCCGCCUGCAAGGGGAUGUGUUUCAGGCUGUUCUCCGCCAAGAGACAGAGUUUUUCCAACAGAACCAAACAGGUGCCAUCACAUCUCGGGUAACAGAAGACACAUCCACCCUGAGUGAGUCUCUGAGUGAGAAGCUGAACCUGUUGAUGUGGUACCUGUUGCUGGCAGUACGUGUGCAGAAAUCUCUGGCAGAGUCUAGCCAGGUGGCCAUUGAGGCCCUGUCAGCUAUGCCUACAGUCCGGAGCUUUGCCAACGAGGAGGGUGAGGACCGGAGGUUUAGGCAAAAGCUACAGGAAAUGAAGACACUCAACAAGCAAGAGGCACUGGCUUAUGCAGUCACCUACUGGACCACCAGUAUCUCAGGGAUGUUGCUGAAGGUGGGAAUCCUGUACAUCGGUGGGCAGCUGGUGACAAGCGGGACUGUAAGCAGUGGGAACCUUGUUGCAUUUGUUCUCUACCAGAUCCAGUUCACCACAGCUAUUGAGGUUCUGCUCAACACCUACCCUAGUGUACAGAAGGCUGUGGGCUCCUCAGAGAAAAUAUUUGAAUACCUGGACCGGACCCCUUGCUGCCCAGCCAGCGGUCCUUUGGCUUCCUUAAACUUGGAAGGCUAUGUCCAGUUCCAGGAUGUCUCCUUUGCCUACCCAACCCAGCCAGAUGUUCCAGUGCUGAAGGGGCUGACGUUCACCCUUAGUCCUGGUGAGGUGACUGCACUGGUGGGGACCAACGGGUCUGGGAAGAGCACAGUGGCUGCCCUGCUGCAGAAUUUGUACCAGCCCACAGGGGGCCAGCUGCUGCUGGAUGGGAAGCCACUUCCCCAGUAUGAGCACCGCUAUCUGCACAAACAAGUGGCUGCAGUGGGACAAGAGCCACAGAUAUUUGGAAGAAGUUUUCGAGAAAAUAUUGCCUAUGGUAUGACCCAGGAGCCAGAUAUGGAAGAAAUCACAGCUGCUGCAAAGGAGUCUGGAGCCCAUAGUUUCAUAUCUGUACUCCCUCAGGGCUACAACACAGAGGUAGGCGAGGCUGGGGGCCAGUUAUCAGGGGGUCAGCGACAGGCAGUGGCCUUGGCCCGAGCAUUGAUCCGGAAACCACGCGUACUCAUCCUGGAUGAUGCCACCAGCGCCCUGGAUGCAGACAAUCAGUCACGGGUGGAGCAGCUCCUGUAUGAUAGCCCCCAUCGGUUCUCUCGGUCUGUGCUUCUCAUCACUCAGCGUCUAAGCUUGGUGCAGCGGGCUAACCAAAUCCUCUUUCUGGAAGAGGGUACCAUCUCAGAGGCAAGAACCCACCAGCAGCUCAUGGAGAAUGGCGGACGCUACUGGGCCAUGGUGCAGGCCCCUGAGGGGCCAGAUGCUCCAGAAUGAGAGACUUCUUGGACCUGCACGCUCCCCACCCCCGUUUUUUUUUUUUGUUUCUUUUCUUCUCCUCUUCCUGGUGGAGAAUUUAGGAACAAAGAUCUUAUCACUGGUAGGGUAGGCAGCUGCUUCUAGGAGUUACUUCCUAACAUGUAACCUUGAUGAUGCCUGAAAUUCUGCCAUGAGCAGAAUUUUUCUCUCCGAGUCCCUCUUGAUAAUGCCAUGACCAUAGUGGUUAUAACUCCUUAGUGUCACUGGGUUUAGAGCCAGGUGUGGAUAGCACUCUGGAAAUGAGAAAUAUUGAGAAUAUGCAGAAAGGGGAAAUCAGCUCCUUUCUAAUACAAUCAAAGGCAUUAUGUUGACCUCUGAACUGUGGAUUCUUGAUAUUUAUAAUAAAAUGGGUAUUUUGUA